AUAGGCACGAUGGCGUUGAUCGCGGACGGUUUGAUGCUGGGCGACACCUGCCAGCACGACAUGGACUGCUCGGACAGCGUUAAGGGCAGCUACUGCACCCUGGAGGGCAUUUGCGAGUGCAGUCCGUUCUACGUGCGGCUCAACGAGUCUUCCUGUCUUCCAUCUCAACUGCUCGAGAGCGAGUGUAGUCUGUCGGAGCAGUGUUCGAUGCGUGUGGCAAACAGCAGCUGCAUCGGUGGCCGAUGCCAGUGCGAUGGAGGCUUCCUGCAAUUCCGCAAACAUACCUGUCUCUCGCCCGCCCAGCCGGGAACGGUUUGCUACAGUCACGCACAUUGCCGGAUGUGGGACAAGGAAAGUCACUGUGACUUCCUAAUCCCGAACCUGUUCGGCCGCUGCCAGUGCACAUCGCCGGCACGCCAAAAUGGACCGACCUGUGUGACGGAACCAGUAACGAUGGCUGCUCCGGUGGAAGAGGUAGAGGAGGAGCUAUUCCCCGCUAUCGCUAAGCCCCAACAACAAAGCGCUGCUGUCGAAACUGUCGAGAAGGAAGAAAGUGAUCUAGGUUCGAUCGAUCGGAUGUCGACCACGACUGAGGACGAUGUGAUCGUGGUGGAUAAUAUUGUGCAGCAAGAUGAUGCUCAGGAUGAGCAGUUCGCUUCGGCCGAGGAGCACAUUACGACCGAAUACCAAUCUGCAGGUUCGGAAGAGGAUGGUAUCAGUACGACGGACUUCAUUGAAAUCACGACCGGUAACUAUCGUGAAGGGGAUCGUGUGACAACCACUAGCGGCAUGGAGCAGUAUGAAAACACGGACGAGUAUUCGAACCUCGAGAAGGAAGUUGAGGAACAGUUUAAACAGCAAGAACUUGCCGAUGCCCUUUCAACUACAACUGCUGCACAGUGGGCUACCGAAAUAGCUGAAGCCAUCACCACACAGGAACGGGAACAGGAUCCAUUAGAGAACAGUGAUACUACGACAGACAUGACGCUCGAAAUUUUGUCUCCUUCAAAUAAUCCUUUCCCGACGGACCGUAGUGAGAUCACAACGAUCGCAAGAGAAAAUGAAGCAACUACGACUGACAUGGAAUUCGAUACGGAACCAAGUGACGUUGAGAAUGAGGUAGAGAUUGUGGAAUAUGAUCGUACGGUGGCACCGGACGAUGAUGCUACACAGCAAGCUGCAUCGUUGAUCCAGGAAGAAGUCACUGUCACCAGUGCUGCCGGUACUGAACGCAGCGAAGAUACAACAAUCGUACCUUCGACCGAUCGCUCAAACACGGAAUCGAACGAUGCGAAGGAAAUGACAACGACUGAGGUUAUUGAGCAGUAUCACGAUGUGCAACUGCGCCGUCAAGACUCGAAAAUUUUCGACGAGGAUGAGGUGGACGAGCUUGUGGAGAAGAGUACCACCAUGAAAGAUCGAUUCGAACCACGUGAAACGACCAGACACUCGGAGCGUGAUAACGAAAUUUUAGACACACAGUCGGUAGACACGACCACAGAAACGUUGGUACGAUUGGCUAGCCGCACGACAGCGAUGGAACCGGAAGCUCCCAUAUCAACUACGACGGUUGCAACAUCGACUGCAAGAAUACGCACUCGCGUUGAUUUGGGAGAUGGUCCAGUGUCAUUAGGGUUAAACUGUGCCAGCAGCGAACAAUGCCAACUGGCCGAUCCCUACAGCUACUGUAACGAGGAAGGACGCUGUGAUUGUUCCUACCGCACGCCGGAUGAUUCUUGCCGUGCCACCAACACCGGCUGCUCCCGAGGAACGUUCCAGUGCCGCUCGAGUGGAAUCUGCAUCAGUUGGUUCUUUGUGUGCGAUGGACGACCCGAUUGCAGUGAUGCCUCAGACGAAGAGUGCAACUUCUCGCUAAAAUCAAACAUCACACACCAACGCUCGAACAGCUGUCCCGAGCUAUCGUUCCGGUGUGAAAAAAGUGGCCGCUGUAUAUCGCGGGCCGGUAUCUGCGAUGGUAAGGCACAGUGCCCGCACGGUGAGGAUGAGGUCGGGUGCGAUUUUCGCAAGUCGCGCAAAUGUCCGGAGCACACGUUCAUGUGCCGCAGUGGUGAAUGUUUACCGGAGUACGAGUACUGUAACGCGAUCGUAUCCUGCCGGGACGGAAGUGAUGAGCCGCCGCAUCUGUGCGGUUCGCGGGCAGUGCCGAAUUUCUUCGUAAAGUUGCUGAGCGGUCCUACGGCGCGGGGCCGUAACUAUUGUCCGAUGCGUUGCGGUAAUGGACGUUGCCGAUCGACGGCAAUUGUGUGCUCUGGACGGGAUGGAUGCGGUGAUGGUAGUGAUGAGGACCGGUGUUCUGUUUGCCGAUGCCCGGCGCCCGCCUACAACAACGUCCUUGCACCGAUCGUACCGGUCGUCAUGUCAAAACCAAGGAGUAGAACGAGCCGCAUCACCGGUGGACACUGGUCACGAACAUAA